AACGCUUCACUGGUCACCAGAAAUCACGUGUUGGGAAAUCCCAGGUUGGAUUUCUAAAAGAUUAUAGAUUUGUGAAUUAAUUUAACUCUAAAUCAGCUGUAGUAAUAAAUUGCAGUUGUUUAGAGCUGCAUUGGCGCAAUGGAAAACGAAAUUGUAAAACCGAGAAGCCAAAGACACAGACGUGUGUUAAAAGCAAGAGCUCCAAAAAUCCACGAAAAUGACAAGAAAACAAUGUUUGUGCGCGGUGGAAACACAAGCGACGUUGUAACUAAUGUUUUAAAGGAAAUGUACAUGUUGAAAAAACCUGAUGCGUUAUUGUUGCGUAAACGAAACAUAGCACGGCCAUUUGAAGACCAAACGACGCUCGAAUUUUUAUCGAAAAUGAACGAUUGUUCGUUGUUUAUGUUCGGUUCACAUUCGAAGAAACGUCCGAAUAAUUUAGUUCUCGGUCGAUUUUUUGACAAUCAAACUUUGGAUAUGAUUGAGGUUGGGGUUGACGUGUUUCAGUCCUUAAGGGAUGUGAAGACAAGCAAAUGUCCGCUUGCAACUAAACCAUGUUUGGUAUUCAGUGGAUCUCUGUUCGAAUCUGAUGAUGAAUUAAGAAAAGUUAAAAAUAUUUUAAUUGAUUUUUUCCGCGGCCCAGUGGUGGAAAACAUUCGUUUAUCAGGUCUUGAACAUGUUAUGCAAUUCACAGCAGAAGAUGGAAAAAUAUUUCUUCGUAGCUAUCGAGUUCUUUUAAAAAAGUCGGGCUCACGAACGCCAAGAGUUGAAAUUGAGAACAUGGGACCAAAUCUUGAUCUAACUAUACGCAGAACACACUUUGCAUCUGAUGAUUUGUUUAAGAAAGCUUGCAAGCAACCUCGAGCUGCUAAGCCCAGGAAAGUGAAGAAUAUUUCUUCGGAUGUUUUCGGAGCAAAGAAAGGUCGAAUCCACAUGACGUCACAAGACUUAAAGAAUCUUCAGCUCAGAAAAGUGAAAGCGCUCAAACGGAAACCAGAUGCUUCAAGUGGGAAAUCCCCAAAGAAGAAACCAAAGAUAUAAUGUUUCUAUGGAACCUUGUAACAAGUAAUAGAGAAUAUUGCAACAGGACGAAGAUUAAACAACAAUGUCUUCCUCAGAAUCUGCAUUCGGUCGUUUAAGUGGCGGCAACGGUUGUAAAUCUGAUAAAAAAUAAAAUAAAACUAGAAA